UCGCAAACGAGUUUUCCUGGACGAAGGGCUCGCGGACAUGACGAGGCGGCGCGUGGACCUUCUAGAACAUUGUCGGAGCCGCAGCGGCGCGAAAAAUCCACUGCUGUCCAUCCUGAACCGAGAAAGAAUGGCGUUAAGAAAAGUUCUUUCGUCGAAGCCCCAAACCCCUUACUUUAAGCCCCCGGCAAUACACAUUUGUGUGGUUGCACUGAAGGACCAGCAUAGGGUCACGAGGUGGGACUUCCAGGACGGCAGAGCGGUGGCGGCCGUCACAAAAGCUAAUGCCGUCAUGGCCAUCAGCGACGGGCACUCCGUGGCCAAAGUGACCCUGUAUGAAGACCUGAAGGCCCAAGUUCAAGAGGGUGCUUCCUACGUGGUUCGUGGCUAUAACCUGAGGGGCAAUUCCCCUCCAUAUGCCUUUAAUGUCUCAAGGGAGACAGAAUUCUUUCGAAGCAGCGCCCUCGUCAUCGACGAGAAAUUACAAAACGAGGCCUUGAGGCUGAUCAAUCCUCGCUCGCCCCUGACCCCCCUCAGCACCUGCAGGGAAUCUGCUGGUCUGGUCACGGUGGAAGGGGAGGUGGUCGAGGUAAGUAACUUUCCGUUUAACGGGACUGCGAUAUAUAUAGCCAAUGUAGGUUGUUGCUGUAAAAUUAAGAGUGUAAGUCCGCCGGACUGCAGCUAUGAGAACAUUAACACCCAAAUCCACUGUGUUCAGGUGUCUGAGCUGAAGGAGGUGGUGGUGGCGAGGGACCGCGUGCCACUGCAAAACAUCACGUUGAAGCAGGGGGAAACAAAGGUGCCCGUGUCCCUCUGGAGGGAAACCGCCCUCCACUGCUGUGAGAUCGGGAACGUCCUGAGAGUGUCCCACCUGAGAGGGUCGGAGUCCAAUUAUGGAUUCCGGCUCCAAACAACGGUGGAGUCAGCAAUUGAGGCGGUCAGUUCCACGGCAGCGGAGGAGGUUGGAGUUUACGGGGCAACACCGGCACGCGGGGCUCCCGGAAGCCUAAAAGUGCUCCUGGAGGACGACAGGACGCUGUUCAUCGAGGAGAGCAAGUGGCUGCCAAUAGCUGCCAUAAUGGAAGCGCCACCCUUACCGGUCAAAAUAACCGUUAAAGGCAACACCAUUGUCGCCAUUGAAGCCAUGCGGAAGGAGGAGUAGCUGUUUGAGUUUCUUUUUGUUGUUGCUGUUUUUGCUGUUGUUUUAAUGUGUUCAUUAGGAAUCGGUUCUCCGUUGUUCAAAUUACCUUUCACAUUGUAUAGGAUGUUAUUAAUCAAUUUGCCAAAGUUCAUGUGUUCUGUUUUUGUUCUAUGUUAACCUUUUGUAAAAUGGAUGUAUAAUCAGUUUAAUCAAUUCAAUCAGUUUAAUCAAUUCAAUCAGUUUAUUCAAUUCAAUCAGUUAUGACAAAUCCAUGUAAUCGUGCAGUCUGUGUUCAAUGUCCAAUCAAUACAUGUUUUAAUCUCUGAUUACUGAUUCAAUUUUCAAUCAAUAAAUGUUUGUCACAAUUCUCGACUUUUCUUUUAAAGUCUUCAAAAUCCCCGUGUAGCCACGGAUAGUGCUAUUAUUUGAUUACUGUGUGGAUGUUAAAAAGCCUUUAAUUUUUGCCCACAAAUGAUAAUUUACUCCUCGCGUGUUUCAGCAUUAACUCUGAUCAUUUGUAGCCGGCAUCGUGUGACGUCUGCCUUUGUUAGAGCGCUCUGUUUAGGACAGUUCUAAUCAGUCUGUCGCUUCCACUCUGCCGCAACUCUCCCCAUAGCAACCAGAGCCCCGCACACACAAGCAGCCGCUACGUCACACAUAAACAAAUGACUCUGUAUCCAGUCAGCUGACGCUACCGGCAGCUA